AUGCAUCGAUUUAAUCGCAUUAGUCGACGUGUUAUCAGUGCGAAUAUAUUCGAUGAUGAGAAUCAAGAUCGAUUCAUCAAACGAAGUCAAGUUUUAUCGACACGAAUUUACAUUCCUCUCUUAAUUAUCAUCUUAUUAGGGUUUUUAUUGUAUACACUGUUAACCAAUGAAAGAAAAACGAUUCAGAUCUCAGCACCUACUCAAGAGCAAUAUGAAGAAUUACAAAAUUUACUUUCGAGCAAAUUAGAAUGCCCGUGUGAGAACAUUUCGAUUCCAUACAAAAAUCUUAUGAAUAUAACGCCAAGUUAUCAUCCGAUUUGUUCAUCUGACUUCAUCACUUCGUCCUGGAUUGAUUUUUUGUACAGUGAAAACAUGAGCUACUACUUUCAAUUGGAUUUUCGUCAUAGUGCAGCAUUUUCAUUUCAAAUCCUUCGUACACUAUGUGAACAAACUCAAGCAAUCAUAGAAGAUAAUUUAAUUGAAUUCUAUUCCAAUCAGUAUUUAACUCUUCAACUUGUUUCGAACAAAACAUUCAACAUUGAAACCAAUGCAUUCAUCGAUCUAUUCAAACGCACAACACCGUCGUUGUUUCAAAAUCAAAUCACACUUUUUCGAUAUAUGACGAUCAACAAUCGUCUAUUUUCAGCGGUAGAAACCAAGUCUACUCUGCAAUUGGAAGGUAUUCCUAAUAGAGAUAGUUUUUUGCUGCACAUACAUCCGAUAUAUUAUCACGAAGUUACCACGAAAGGUAAAAAAUUCGACUGCUAUCAAAGCACAUCGAAAAUCAAUCGACUAUCCAGUGGAAUCUACGCGAACUUAACACGAUAUGAUUAUCCAGGGUCGAGUCCGAUCCUAUCCAGCAGAAACGCAAGUACAUUAAUGAUAAAUGCAACAAUCAUCUUACCCGGUCUAUUUGUCGGCUGUUUACCUAUUGAAUCCUUGAUGCAGUCGAACUUGCGAUGUUUUUUCAAUGAAACUUGCUUAAGUAUACUUAUUUCUUACCUAAAUGAAUCCACGUCAUCAUUCAAAGUACUAAAUGCAUCAAGAUUUCCUCCAUCGACUCCGAUCGAAACAUUAGCCUAUGAAUUAUUCAUCGAAAGCUGGUCUGUUACCAAAUCUUAUGAAGAAUAUUUCCAACACUGCCAUCCAACGUAUUGUCAAUAUACAAUCGAAGCGAAGCGCGAUGUUGUCAAUGCAUUCACAAGUGUUAUCAGUUUGUACGGCGGAUUGACACUUGUCUUACGAUUAUUGGUUCCAAACAUAGUCACGUUCAUUCGAAAUAAGAUCCAACAACGACGACCGAAUCUCACUGAAGCUGCUGAUUUAGUACCUGUGAGAACUUCUUUGUAUCUAUUCCUGCAAAAAGUUCGUACUUUAAUCAUCGAUUUAAAUCUAUUCAAUAGUUAUUCUCAAAUCGGAAGGAUACAACGUAAAGAACAAAUUGUUACAAGAGUCUACUUGAUUGUCCUUGUGCUCUCUUUGAUCAUGUCUGGUGUUUAUAUCUCCACAAAGAGUCAGAACAAAACCGUCGUCGUCGUCAAUCCAACUGUAACUCAAUUCGAACAGUUAAAUAACUUAUCCCUAAAUGACUUUCGAUGUCCUUGUACUCAAAUCUCUUUUCGUUAUGAAUCAUUCAUCGCUAUUCACCCGAAGUUUCAUCCUAUAUGUUCAAGCGUAUUCGUAUCUGACCUCUGGUAUGAUAAUAACUAUUGGAUUGAUCAAGAAAGAAAUCUCGCUGUUGAUGACUUUCGAUUUAUUGCAUAUGAAUACUUUUCUUUACUAUCGGCGUUCUGUGAACUAGUCUAUGAUACCAUUCAAACUAGUUUACUUCGAUUCAAUGCAACCGAAUAUAUCACAAUCGAACUCAUUUCGAUGAAGAUACUUCAAAAUGAAUUUCUUUCAUUUCUUCAUCUAUUCGAAUCAACAAUCAAACAAACUUUCAAACAAGCAAUCGACAUACUUCGGAGUACAACCUUCUCUAAUCGUUUAAUAUCUUCACUAAAAUUAGCUCAAACGACCUACUUCGAUAGUAGGAAUAAGCACAAUGCCAUCCAAUGGUAUUUCCUGGAUUAUGUCAAUUGUUCGUGCGGAGUCGACUUCAACUGUAAAGCACAAAUUCGAUUUCGUGCAUCUCUGUUUACACACGAUUAUGUUCGAGGAAUGUAUGUCAGCUGUUACAUAGUCGAUUCGUUACUAUUAACCACAACGGAGUGCUUUUUCGAUGAACAAUGUCUUAUGCGUAUUAAGUCGUAUAUGAAUGCUCAGUCGAUGUUGUACAAGAUUCUACACCCGAUGAAUAUUUCGCAAAUAACUCGAUUUCAGACGAACACGUCUAUUGAAAUGUUGGUGAGGAAUUUGUUUAUUGAAGAUUGGAACGCGAAUUAUUCGUAUGAGAAGUAUUACAGUCAAUGUAAAGCUUCGUAUUGUUCGUAUACGAUUGCACAACAAAUGGAAUUUAUUUAUAUUUUGUCGCAAAUCAUUGCAAUAUUUGGAGGAUUGUUGGUGGUUUUCAAGAUUUGCGCACGAAUUAUCAUUCAGAUUUUAAUAAGAGAAAGACGAAGGGCACGGUUAUUAUUACCGUUGACUGUGUGCGAGAAAGCUCGUCAGUUUUGUCAAUGGAUCAAAUCGACAUUUUUGUACUUGAAUUUGUUUCAAACGAAAUCGAAGAACGUUCGCGUUGUUCGACGUCAACGAUUAACUACGAAAUUCUAUCUGGUCAUUCUAUGGCUGAGUCUUUUAAUACUUUUUUUCUAUACUUCAUUCACGCAUGUAUCGACGAGUUCUUCGGUAAGACUCUCCUCUCGAAAUCAUUAUGAAAAUCUUGACAAAAUCUAUUCAACCGCUCUCAACUGCCCCUGUAGUCGUGUAUCGAUCGAUUAUGAUGAAUUCAUUCAAAUUCACCCGUCAUAUCAUCAAAUAUGUUAUUCCAAUUUCACUAGUCGACAAUGGUUCAAUGGUUUAUUCAAUAAAAGCCGACAAAUCAGAAACAAUUUCCAUUCGAUUGGUUCGGUUUAUUUCCCUGCUCUUUUGUCCUUAUGUGAAUUAGUACAGACAACGGUGAACACAAGUCUAGCGCAGUUGUACGCAAGGAAAUUUCUUAGCAUUCAGUUAAUAUCUUCGAAAUUGUUUCAAAUUCAAAUCGAUUCAUCAAUUCAGCCAUUCAUACGAUCAACUCCGAAAAUCUUCGAACGAACAUUUGAUUUAGUUCGUGAACUGAUUCAAGGCAACGCAUUGAUGUCAAGUCAUGAAUCAAACUGGAAGUUUACUCUAUUAGAUUUGUACGACAGAGGGCCAGUCUAUACAAAUCCUCAAUCUUAUCAGAACUCAUGUAGUUGUGCAACUUCAAACAAAUGUUCACAGCCUAUCGGUUUACCUGGUCUAUACAUUGGUUGUUACCCAUUCGAAUCUUUGCUACAAUCUUCAUUAGAAUGUUUCUACAAUGAAAUGUGUUUACAAACUUUCAUGCUAUCCAUGAAUUUCAGUGGAUCCAAUAAAGAUUUCUCGACACUUAAUUCAUCAUUGUUGAAUUCUUACGAAAUAAAUGAAACAAUUCAAAGUAUGAUCAAUCGACUAUUCGUUAAUCAAUGGUAUAUUAACAAAUCCUACGAUAAAUACUUUGACAUAUGUCAACCAGUGACUUGUACAUAUUCUUAUGUCAAAGGUUUUAAUCUAUUCGACGUCGUCACGUAUGUUUUUGCAUUGUAUUGUGGUUUAUCAAAGACAUUGAAAAUUAUCUUACCAUUUCUCUUUCAUUUGAUUUUUUUUGUUUCGAAUCAGGGAUCAACACAUGUUGCGACAGCCAAUGAAAAUCAAUAA